UCCGCUCAGGCAUAUUGCCGGCCACCUACGGGUCCUCCUUCCUUUUUCUCGUUCCUGAGCGGCCCGACGUCAAGAUGAACGACAGUGUCACACUCAGGACUCGGAAGUUCAUGACGAACCGCUUGCUUCAGAGGAAGCAAAUGGUUCUCGAUGUCCUGCACCCUGGAAAAGCAACAGUCCCCAAGACUGAAAUCAGGGAGAAGCUUGCCAAAAUGUACAAGACCACACCUGAUGUGGUGUUUGUGUUCGGUUUUAAGACUCAAUUCGGUGGUGGCAAGACAACAGGUUUUGCCAUGGUCUACGAUUCGCUGGACUACGCCAAGAAGAAUGAGCCCAAAUACAGACUGACCAGACACGGUCUCUAUGAGAAGAAAAAGACCUCCAGAAAACAGCGCAAGGAAAGAAAGAACAGAAUGAAGAAAGUACGAGGCACCAAGAAAGCUUCCGUUGGUGCUGCUGGCAAGAAGUAAGACCUUCAGAGAAGAUCAUCAUCCUGAAUGUUCUUGUAUAUUGCGUGCAAAUAAAUUUCUAAAAGAAG